AAGAGAAAGAAAAUUAGAUAAUGAAUAUAUUUUCUAAAAAUAAUAUAGUAUUUGUCAGUCUGCCCACAGGGAGCGUGUGGCGCCACCACAGAGUAGUUGUUACAAAUGCAAUAUUUGUGGUCGCGAAUAUCGCAUUCAGUCCCGACUGGAGAAACAUGUGAAGAUGGUUCACACCCACCCAGAAGCUCGAGUAUUCCGUUGCACAACAUGUAACCUGACAUUUGCAUCAAAUAACCACAGAGUUCAGCAUUACCGUGCAGUGCACCGCAAGCGGAAGCAGCCUCAUUGUAAUGAGUGUGCAAAAUCUUUUGAGACAGUUGAUGAGCUCAAUGUUCACAGGCAGGAACAUAAGAUUAAUUGCCCAGUAUGCAAUAAAACUUUUGUG